AUGUCGGCGAACGAUACCUACGCAAUCCUGGGCGCGACAGGAAAUUGCGGGACAGCCCUCAUCAGAAAUCUUUUAAACAGACCGAAAUCGCGAAUUCAUGCAUUCUGUCGGAACCGCAAUAAGCUCCUCCGUCUUUUGCCCGAAACAAAGGGGAACGGGCAGAUCGAGAUUUUCGAAGGCAGCAUCCAGGACCACAAGCUUUUAACAACAUGCAUCCGCGAUGUCCGAGCUAUCUUUCUAGUCAUCUCGACUAAUGAUAACAUUCCAAAUUGCCGUCUUGCCCGCGAUACUGCCGACGCUGUGAUCCAGGUCCUGUCGGAUAUACGGGACUCCGCCAGUCGUGGUGGUGCCAGCACCAAGAGCAUGCCCAAGAUCAUUCUUCUGUCGUCGGCCACGAUUGACGAGAAUCUUUCUCGGAACUUGAAUAGCGUGUUACAGUAUCUGCUACUGCGCUCGGCCUCUCAUGUCUAUGAGGAUUUGAUAGAAGCUGAAAGGCUGCUUCGUGCUCAGAAAGACUGGCUGACUUCUGUCUUCAUCAAACCUGGAGCUUUGUCUAUUGACGUGCAGCGUGGUCAUGCUCUUAGUCUCGUUGAUGAGGAAAGUCCUGUGUCUUAUCUGGACUUGGCUGCCGCCAUGAUCGAGGCGGCUGACGAAGACCAAGGGCGUUAUGAUAUGAAAAAUGUCAGCGUCGUCAACACCAAUGGGAAAGCAAAGUUCCCAGUCGGUACUCCUAUGUGUCUGGCUGUUGGACUUUUGAGGCAUUAUUUUCCUUUUUUGCAUUCUUAUCUACCCCUGAAUAUGGGCCCACAAUGGCCUUUAUGA